AUGUCUGAGGCUGACUUCCAGAGACUUGAGAUGUUGUACCAGAUCCUGCACAAGGACCCCUCCUGCAACCAUUCCCACCUGACCUUCCAUAACACCAGCAUGGUAUACAAUCUGGACUUCCCUGGCGAUGGCUCCCACUGGCUGCGCGCCAUCAUCUCCGUGGUGUACUGUGCCGUGGCCACCGGCGGACUGCUGGGCAAUCUUCUCGUGCUGUACCUUCUCUGCUCCACCCGGACCAUCGUCAAGAGUGCCAUCAACUUCUUUGUGUUCAACCUGGCCCUGGCUGACUUGCUACUCUCCGUGGCGCUGCCAUUCUGGGCAGUAGACAUCACCCUGGACUACAACUGGCCUUUUGGUUUGGCCAUGUGCAAGGCCGUGUCCCUCCUGACGGGCCUCAACGUCUAUGCCAGUUGCUUCUUCCUGAUGGCCAUGAGCUUGACCCGCUACUGUUCAGUGGCUACUGCACUCAAGCCCGCUGCACCACUCGGUCACAAGCUUUGUGAUUCCCGGGUAACUACCGCACUUAUAUGGGCCGGGGCACUGGUGGCUGCUGCACCGCGUGCCGUGUUCGCUGAUCUCAACAGAGUAGGCAUGGCCAAUGACACUGCAUGUCUGCUCCGCUUCCCUAAAGGUACGAAUUGGCUGGCUGUCAACCAACUCCUGAGGCUUCUGUUUGGCUUCCUGUUGCCCUACUUCAUCAUGAUCCUCUCCUACCUGCUCCUGCUGCGCUUCCUCUGCCGGCACAAGCUGAACGGUGUCAACCCACAGCGACAGGCUCAUGUCUCCAAGUCCGUGGCAGUUGUGGUGCUCUCCUUCUGCACCUGCUGGUUCCCGUAUAACGUGCUAACUCUCUGGAGUGCGCUGAUCCAACUAGAUCUAACAGAAAUCAGUCCCUCCUACUACUUUGUCCAGACCUACCUCUUCCCCUUGGCCAACUGUCUGGCCUUCACCAGUUGCUGUCUCAACCCUGUCAUCUACUGCCUCAUUCGCAGGGAGUACCGCAAGGCCCUGCGCACCCUGGUCUUGAAGUCAAGUCUCGCAAUCGCUUCCAAAGCCUGCCUCUCGGCAGUCAACUCCAAUGAGGGCCAGAACCGCGAUGGACAGCUGGGCAUCCCGCUCAACAAUAUGGAAAGCCACACGGCCCAGUCUUACACCAAGAGGUCAGCACUACCCUCUACCAGUCUAUCGCUGGGUCCCAGUCCCAAGGGCCUCUGUCCGCUCAAUGACCUCACCUGA